UGUAGUGCUGCUCUGCAAGAUCCGUGCGGCCAUGACGUUUGUCGGGGCCACGCCCCUUGCGCAGUGUUGCUUACUGAUUCCGUGGUCUGGCAUCACGAAAACUGCUAUGCCUGCUACGACUUGGUACAACAGGCUACCUCUUCGGCUGAGCAGUCUAUUAAGGAGGCUGCACUCUCCGCCCUCAAGAUCUGGGUUGGAGGGUUUGGACGGAACAUAGGGAAGGCUAAGCCGUAUAUUCUGUCCCAAGAUAUGGCGACUUUGAUCUUCCCAGCCGGGAAAUCUGCCGGAUACGUUGACCCAAAAGUAGCGGCACCGAUUAUCAAAUCAAUCCAAGACUCAGUUAUGGAACAGCAAGAGGCAGAAUUGCCGGACCUUGGCUUGGAAGAAGUCUCACUUGAAGUGGUUGAGGAUUUGCCCGUUACACUAGAUAUGGGUACAGGUAACAGUGUUAAUGAGGCUAGCUUAGUUGGUCACCGGGGUCUUUCCUCGGGUGACUCUGAUUCUUCCUCUCCCUCUACUUCCAAUUCCUUCAUGGGUUUCACAGGAAGGUUGCCCCCUACCAGGUCGCAUUCCUUCUCUGUGAUUCCUAAAAUAAAGAAAAAACCUUCAGGAAAAACCUUGCUUAAAGGCAGAUCAGAGAUAAAGCCAAGGCCUGGGCAGGCACCACAGGUUCAUACACAUAUUAAACCCAGAAUGAAGUCUUUCUCUAAACCUUCAAAUCCAAGGUCUCAUGAAGGGAAUUCUUUCUAUUGCCCCACAAGUCCCAUUCCUUCAACGUCUAGGGAUCGGAUACCUCGUAAGGUACCGCAGGAGGGGCAGGAGGAUUCUCCUUUAGUUGCCCAAGACCAGUUCAAUACGAAUAUUCUACAUCAGGUCAAUAGCCUUGGUAGCUUAGUCAGCUCAGUUGUAGCAAGGUUUGAAGAGGUGUUUAAGAGGUUAGGUGCACAGGACUCCCUGAUUGCAGGUCUCAGACAGGAGUCGGCAGUUCCGGCACCUUCUAGUAGCUUGGUGCAAGCUCAUAGCAUGCCUGAUGGGUCCACGCUCCCUCCGUUCCACCCUGGUAAUCUUUGGAGGGUGGCGAACUUCGCUCCGUUUGUCAACGGGAUGUUAACUAUAGAAGGUUGUGGCACACGUAGACUCGAGGAUUUCGAGUUCUUCCCCGAAGGGUUACAGCCUCCAUUUAUAGGUUAUGUUAGGCUUACGGAGGCAGCUCUAGUUAGAGAGGAUAAGGUCCCCAAGGAGACUGUUAUCCUAUCUAGAGAUCAGGCUCAGCAAACAUGGAUACGGAGCCUAGAAGAGUGGAACUGCUCAAAUACUAGAGUAACAGUAUUUAAAAGCCCUUUCACAAUGUUUACAACUGAUGACGAGAACCCUUUACCUUUUACAUCAAAGGUAGCUGAACUUACCCUCCAGGCAGUGACUCGGGAAGAGCCCAUGCCCCAGCUUAGGGAGACAGAUCCCACAUCAUUGCUACUCCCAGGUAGGGAGGAUUUGUGGGAGGAUUUGCCGGCUACAUUCUCGGUAGGCAAGCUGAAGCCAGAUUGUGCAAUCACUUUGUUUAGUGAGCGCCUUCCUAAGCUGUCAGACGCACUGAUCCAAGCAGAAUUUGAUGCUAAGACACGCCUCGCUAGGUCUCUUAACUCCCUAGUGAUGACAGAGACAGCGGCUCGGGAGUACGCUCAGGAGCCGCUGCUUAAGGUCAUUGCGAAGUCGUUACUUUUGGGCAUGCAAUGUGACUUGUACGACUUUGCGGUGGCUAGGAGAAAUUGCAGGAAGCAUGUUCUAUCUGAGGCUACGAUCAGGCACGAACCCAACAAGCUUCUGGCUUCCUCAAUCUGGGGUGCAGAUCUCUUCCCAGCUUCGGCAGUAAACGAGGUUCAGAGCGAGGCAUCACGUCUUAAUCAAAGCAUCAUAUUACGUUGGGGAAUUCCUUUCAAAAGGAAAUCAGAGUCUUCUCCCUCCAGUUUUAGGGCUAGGAAAAGGCAAAGGAAAUUCCAACCUUUCCAAGUUCCGCAACAGCAUCCUGUGCUACAAGCUGUGCCAGUUCAACAAGUAUCUCAGCCUUCGACUUCUAAGGCUCAGCCUCAUCAACAGCAUUAA